AUGGCCAGUACCUCUCAUAACCCCGCCAUUCUACUUCGUAGGGUUUUGUCCCUCAGAGAAAAUUCCCAUUUUGUUCUUGUUAUCGAUUCUAUUGGAAGAUCAGGACACUGCGUCUUGGAUGAAGUUGCCCAUGAAGCUGAAGGAUCUACGACCAUUAUUUACGUCUCUUUCGAAACUAUCAGGAAACCCAACUAUGCCACACAUUUUAUAGAUGGUUGCAUAUCUCCGUCACGGCUGCUGACGACAAUCCAGUCAUUUCUGCCGUCCCCCGAGCACUCCAAAUUAUCAGCUGGCAGCAAGUUUCUGGUUGUGAUUGACAGCAUAAAUUCGAUCCCGGGUGGCAACCUGGUGCAAUUCGUGACACAGCUGGCUUCUCCCUCGGUCGCUUUGCUGGCUAUCUUUCAUAAGGACGUACCAGAAUACCGUUCUGCUGAACUCGAAAACUACCCAAGCUCAAUACAGCUUUUAAAGUUCAUGGCCUCGUCAAUUAUAGAGGUGCGACCAUUUACACUCGAUAUUGGUGAAGAACAGGAUCAAGAGUCUGGAUUGCAAAAAUUGGAUAUGCCCACGGGACUCAAUAGCUCAGUCUAUAAACUCAUUUUGACCAACCGUCGAAAGUCAGGUAGAGCUUUAACACAUGAGUUCAAGUGCGACUCUCAGACACACUCAUUUACUCCGAUACAAAACGAUGAAGACUCAACUGGUGAUCCAGAGGGCUCCGAAAGCUUUGAGGGCUUGACAACUUUUAAUUUGGGUACCUCAAAUCGGCAGAAAGCCGCAAAAGAACAGGUCGCCUUGCCCUUCCUGGAAGCUCAAACCUUCAAUACAGGUGGUGCCAUUGUGUAUGAAUUCGAGAAAGACGACGACUACGAUGAAGAGGAUCCAUACGAGGAUCCUUUCUGA